AUGAAAUUAAAAUAAGUUUUAUUCUAUAAUUUUAAUUUAAAAUGAUCUACGAUGCCCUACUAGUCCUAUGGGAUUGUUCACAAGCGUCUGAAUUAUCACAGGUAAAACCUGGAGCCUAUGCUAAUGAAGGGGAUGCAGAUAUUUAUAAUAGAAUAUACGGCAUUGCUAAAAGCCAUCACAAAAUUCAAAACUUUAUUUUGGCAACAUCAUUUCAUUCGAGGCAAACACAAACGGCAUUUGGCCACAGGACAUUUGGACUCUAUGGCCAAGCACUGAGCGAAGGCAUUACAGAAAUACUUCAAGAUUACAAGAAAGAUUUAAAAGAGGUUGAAUCUUUGAUACUUGAAAAUAAGAACUAUACAAUUUCAUUUGUAUACAGCUAUGUUGAGAAGUAUCAAGGAUUGUUUAACACUUUAAACAGAUUAAUAAGCAUAAUAAAAGAGAGGAGGUUGAAGGGAUGUCAAAUUUUAAGCCUGGUUCAUCAGCAUAUUUUAAGUGGGAAUACAAUGGUUCAUAAUGCAGUCAAAAAGAUAUUUGCUUGUGUCAAUGCAGUAUUUCUAAAUCAACUCUGCCAGUGGCUGUUGUAUGGUGAACUCAAGGAUUCAUAUGAGGAGUUUUUUAUAUAUCAACAGAAGAAAAAUGAAUCUGAUACAUUUGUUUCAUCACCAUCCACUGUGAAUACCUGUGAUAAGUCCUUAGCAACAACUCUUCAACAUACCCCAUUGGAAUGUGGUUAUGCACUAAGUCCAACUAUGAUACCAUACUUUAUACCUCUGUCUUUGGCCCAGGAAAUAUUGUUUAUUGGCAAAACAGUGAUUUUGUUUGGUUUCGAUCCGAAAAAGGUUAAGAAAGGAAAUAAUACCUUUGGUACUAACAGACCAAUGAUUACACUACAGAAUAUAGAUGCUGAUAGUAUGAGAUUUACAGUAUGGGAGGAGAAAGAGGCUGAGUUUCAUGAAAAGCUACAAAAUCUAAAGGAUACAGAAGCAUUUGAAGUGUGUGACUUACGCAGCGUUGUUAGAGACAUCAAAGAAUGUGUUACAAAGCAUCUAUGGAGUGUAGCGGUGGAGGAAGCACAGUUAAUGCACGAGCUGCGGCUCAUGAAGGACUUCUAUUUACUGGGCCGCGGGGAGCUCUUCCUAGAACUGUUGAGACUCACCUCGCAUAUCCUCGACAAGCCCACUACUAGGACUUCUACUAGAGACAUGAAUCACGCGUUCCAACUGGCGGCGCGCGCGAUAUUCCUCAGCAACCACGCCGAUAUGGACAAGUUCAGUUUCGAGCUGCCCUACGUCAAACCCAACGUCUCCCUCAACUCCACGAACGAGGAGGAUAGCAGUAUAGUGGCAGACGGAUGGUCAAGCAUAAUCCUCAAGUACGACUUCAAGUGGCCGCUACACCUGGUGUUUUCCCCGGAGGUGCUGGCGCGGUACAACGAUAUGUUCCGUCUGCUGCUGCGGAUCAAGAAGACCCAGCAUGACCUGCACGCGCUAUGGAAGACGUAUAAACAGUCUAGCAGAUUCUCAAUGUGCCAGCUACACAACAAGCUGAUGUUCCUCAUGGACAACCUCCAACACUACCUCCAGGCAGACGUGCUGGAGACGAACUUCUCUCGUCUGAUGGAGGCGGUUAACAGGACGAAUGAUUUCGAGAUACUCAAGCAGGCACACGCGACUUUCCUCGCUGAUAUACUCAGCCAGUCUUUCCUGACGGUUACCACGAGCGAGGAGAGCGACGCGUGCGGCGACGUGGUGGACAACCUCAACAACCCGGUGUUCUGCAACAUCAUGGAGCUGCUGAAGCUCUGCCACUCCUUCUGCAACAUGAGCGAGAUGGUCGCCGACAGAGACGCCGAGGACUACUACGUCAGAGGGUACUCGGAGAGGUUCAACAAACUGGUGAAACAACUGAUGCAGUUACUCGCUGCGCUGCGCGGCAAGGCGGGAGGCGCGGCGCUCGCGCGGCUGCUAGUGCGACUCGAUUUCAACCGUUGGCUGAGUGCUGAAGCCAGACUCACGCAGUCUGUCACUUCUCUACUUCGAUAUUAACGUGCCUGGAUACUUAGUCAAGACGCCUUCGUUUUAACACAGAUCUUAACGGGAUUUGGAAUACAGUCCAAACUUUUCGUGAAGUACCUUUGUUAAUUUCAGUUGAAAUUUGAAAUUAAAAGUGUAUGGGAUAAGGGUCUA